GCUAUCCGAACAGCGGCGGUUUCCAGUGCAGAUGUGAGGACCAGUAUCGUUGGUCAUGUGGCCAGUGUUUAAUGUAUGGGUCUUGUGACAACAUCACAAAUAACACAUGUGGAUGCAUCAAUGCCAUUCCUCCUGAUGGACAGUACUGCCAGUCUGUUGACCAAUACAACUUUACAGCUUGUCCUUUUACAACCACAACUCCACCAUCACCAAAUUCAACACCUGCCACACAAGAUAUGAACACUACAACAGCUGCAACACCGACACCAAUUAUAACAAAUUCAACAACAGAUGUGAACAUGACAACGCCAGUUGUAACAAAUUCAUCAACAGCUGUGAUCACAACAGAGGUUUCCACAACACCCAUGACAAUUAUAACAAAUUCAACAGCUGUCACCAUAACAGAAAUGAACACUACUGCAACUGCAACACCAACACCAACAGCAAUUAUAACAAAUUUGACAGACAACAGUACUAUACCUACAGCUGUACCAACAACUGCAGUUACCAAUUCAACACAUAUUGCUACAGCAGUUUUAAACACUACAAUAACAACAUUUGUAACAAAUUCAACACCUGUUGCCACAACAAAUGUGAACACUACAACAACAGCUCCAACACCAACAACGGCUGUGACAAAUGCAACAACAAUUGCUACAACAGAUGUGAACACGACAACAGUUACCACAACACCAACAAUUGUAACAAAUUCAACACCUACUGCUACAACACAUCUGAACACUACAACACCCAUAACUACACCACCAACUGUAGUUACCAAUUCAACACCUGUUGCCACAACAAAUAUGAACACUACAACAACAGCUCCAACACCAGCUUUAACAAAUGCAACAACAAUUGCUACAAUAGAUGUGAACACGACAACAGUUACCACAACACCAACAAUUGUAACAAAUUCAACAACUAUUGCUUCAACAUAUCAAAACAUUACAAUACUCACAACUACACCACCAACUGUAACCAAUUCAACACCUACUGCCACAACACAUCUGAACACUACAACACCCACAACUACACCAACAACUGUAGUUACCAAUUCAACACGUGUUGCCACAACAAAUAUGAACACUACAACAACAGCUCCAACACCAGUUUUAACAAAUUCAACACCUACUGCUACAACACAUCUGAACACUACAACACUCACAACUACACCACCAACUGUAGUUACCAAUUCAACACCUGUUGCCACAACAAAUAUGAACACUACAACAACAGCUCCAACACCAGCUUUAACAAAUGCAACAACAAUUACUACAACAGAUGUGAACACGACAACAGUUACCACAACACCAACAAUUGUAACAAAUUCAACAACUAUUGCUUCAACAUAUCAAAACAUUACAAUACUCACAACUACACCACCAACUGUAACCAAUUCAACACCUACUGCCACAACACAUCUGAACACUACAACACCCACAACUACACCAACAACUGUAGUUACCAAUUCAACACCUGUUGCCACAACAAAUGUGAACACUACAACAACAGCUGCAACACCAACAAUGGCUGUGACAAAUGCAACAACAAUUGCUACAACAGAUAUGAACACAACAACAGUUACCACAACACCAACAAUUGUAACAAAUUCAACAACUAUUGCUUCAACAUAUCAAAACAUUACAAUACUCACAACUACACCACCAACUGUAACCAAUUCAACACCUACUGCCACAACACAUCUGAACACUACAACACCCACAACUACACCAACAACUGUAGUUACCAAUUCAACACGUGUUUCCACAACAAAUAUGAACACUACAACAACAGCUCCAACACCAGUUUUAACAAAUGCAACAACAAUUGCUACAACAGAUAUGAACACAACAACAGUUACCACAACACCAACAAUUGUAACAAAUUCAACACCUACUGCUACAACACAUCUGAACACUACAACACUCACAACUACACCACCAACUGUAGUUACCAAUUCAACACCUGUUGCCACAACAAAUAUGAACACUACAACAACAGCUCCAACACCAGCUUUAACAAAUGCAACAACAAUUGCUACAACAGAUGUGAACAUGACAACAGUUACCACAACACCAACAAUUGUAACAAAUUCAACAACUAUUGCUUCAACAUAUCAAAACAUUACAAUACUCAUAACUACACCACCAACUGUAACCAAUUCAACACCUACUGCCACAACACAUCUGAACACUACAACACCCACAACUACACCAACAACUGUAGUUACCAAUUCAACACCUGUUGCCACAACAAAUGUGAACACUACAACAACAGCUGCAACACCAACAAUGGCUGUGACAAAUGCAACAACAAUUGCUACAACAGAUAUGAACACAACAACAGUUACCACAACACCAACAAUUGUAACAAAUUCAACACCUACUGCUACAACACAUCUGAACACUACAACACCCAUAACUACACCACCAACUGUAGUUACCAUUCCCCCAAGUAUGAACACUACAACAGCCGCAACACCAGCUUUAGCAAAUUCAACGUCGACUGCUACAACACAUCUGAACACUACAGCACCCACAAUUAUACCAAGAACUGUAGUUACCAGUUCAACGCCUACUCUUACUACAACAGCUGCAACAACACCAACUGUAACAACUACAACCGCGACCACUAACACAACUAAUACUAUUCUUCCCACCAUGAUCGCUACUACCAUGUCUGCCAUCACUACCACUUCUGCCACCACUACCCCCACCACAACCACUACCACAAAUGUCACCAUUACCCCCACCACAACGACUACCACAGCUGCCACGACUACCACAAUGGCCACCACAACCACGACCAUGGCUACUACCACUAUCUCCACCACAACCCUUACCACAGCUGUAACCACCACCAUCACCAGUACACCUAGUACCCUUUCAACAACCAUAGGAAAUACUGUUACUCCCACACAACCUACAGGAGUCAGUGUGGAAAUGUCAAUUGAAUUAGACAAGGAAUACAUAGCAGCAUAUAAUAAUCCACAAAGUUCUGAAUACAAGAAACUUAAAUCUGAUAUUGAGUCAGUGUUACGGGGGCAGUAUAAUAAAAUCAUAGGAUAUAUCAAUGUUUUUGUGACAAGAUUCAGUAAAGGAAGCGUAAUUACAGAUUUUGUUGUUCAGACAACAGAAGUUGACCCCGUUCAAAUGGCUCAAGCAAAUGAAAAACUAAAAAACGCAAUGCUUUCUAUUGCACCAGUCAUUGGAUCAGUUUCUGCAACAUACAAUAGUCCAACUCCAAUGAGCAUUCCAGACACUUAUACUGGUAAAAGCAUGACGCUAAUGUGUGAGCCUCCAGGGAUUAUUAAGCUGGGAAAAAUUACUAUCUCUGAGUGGAACUUUAAAGGAAUGAAAAUUAAAGACAGUGUUAGAAGGGAAAUAACUACUUCUAACAGUGGGUCUCAACUUAAAAUUAACAACGUCAUUCCUGCCGAUAGUGGACUUUAUAUAUGUACUCUGAGCAGCAAUGUAAUGGAUUUUGUCCAACAGGGAACUGUAAGAGAAUCUAACAUUAGACAAGCUCCAAUUGUGCGACUACAGAGUGAACUUAAUGUAAAAUGUAAAAGUGGACUGAUAAAAUCACUUAAGUGUUGUGUGCAGAGCCUCUACAAAGUCAAGUGGUUUGACAAAGACAAAGUCUUAAACUCAGUUCCUAUUAACGAUGGAGAAGACUACUGCAUCAAGCAUGACUACCAAAUAGAAAGCUGUAGCGGAUCACAGGACCAAGAAAUACGCUUUACAUGUAGGGUAGAUGAACCACAAGGUUAUGAAAAGACAAUGACACUCAUCAUUUUCACAGACAAGCCUGUAUGUGAUGAUACUCAGUAUGGACCCGGGCGAGUAGGUGACAUAUCAAGCAUAGGUUGUGCUCAAGGUCAAGAGGGGAGCAAAACUGCAGUCUGCCAGGAAACAGGAGGGUGGAAACUGGAGAUGGACACCUGCAUUGUAACUCACAUCAAGGAAUUACUGAUCGAUUCACAGGAUUUGGUGGUGGAGGAAGUACCACAAUUUGUGGUUAAUGUAAGCAGGGCUGUCAAGCAAAAUAAAGCAGGAAUUGUAAAUUCAUCUGCAACCAUUUCAGCUGUUGUUCAUAUCGUGACCCAAAUUGCAGAUGUUUCGACUACUGUUGAUGAAACUGUCAUGCAGAAUGUACUCAACACUGUUGAUGUCAUCAUUGGUGAUGAUGCAAGAGAGUCCUGGGUAGUUCUGAAUGCAAAUCAAACCCUCAAUGCCAGCUCAAAAUUACUGGGUUCAUUGGAGACUCUCUCCAGUGACUUGGUUGGGGAGUUUACCAUUGUGACUCAGCGGAUCCUGCUCAACAGAACCAAAUUUAACAACUCCUUUAUGGCAGACCUGAACUCCAGCAUCGUCAUAAACAUUCCAGACACCAACAUGAGUAAUGUCUUUAUUACUACUGUCAUCCUCUCCACCCCUAAUAAUUUUAUGCCAGCACGGAACUCCAGCUUUGAUCCCAGCCUCUUCAAUGCCACCAGCAAUGAAACUGUCAAUGACAAUACCAUCAAUGCAGCUGUGGUGCUUGUCAGAAUAAAUGAAACAAUUCAAAAUGUCUCUCUGAAGUACAACAAACUGAACAGUUCCUUGAGGCUGAACCCACAGUGUGUCUUCUGGAACUUCACACUCUUCGAUCAACUUGGUGCUUGGGAUGAUGAAGGGUGUGUGUUUGUGUCUGACAUAGACAACACAGUAACCUGUAACUGUAACCACCUCACCUCCUUCUCACUUCUGAUGGCAAUAGACAUCCCUCCGUCACUGAGAGAAGCCUUGGAUAUAAUAACUUAUUUUGGAGUCGGUAUCUCUCUGGCGAGCUUAGUUAUAUGCCUCAUUAUUGAAGGAUAUGUUUGGAAAGCCGUAACUAGAAAUAGCACUGCCUUCAUGCGUCACGUUUCCAUCAUUAAUACUGCCCUGUCUCUGCUUAUCGCUGACAUCUGCUUCAUCAUCGGUGCCUCUGUAGCAAAGAAUUCCCUUGAAAACCCAGGGGAGGAUUAUGAAGUUCCACUUGGACCAUGUAGCACAGCAACAUUUUUUAUGCACUUUUUCUACCUUGCUCUAUUCUUUUGGAUGCUUGUGUCAGGCCUUCUGCUAUUUUACCGGACAGUCAUGGUCUUCUCACACAUGUCCAAGUCAACCAUGUUGGCCAUUGGUUUCAGUUUAGGCUAUGGCUGCCCUUUGAUCAUAGCUGUUAUUACUGUUGCUGUCACAGCACCAGGGAAUGGAUACAUCAGGAAACGCGAUGCUUGUUGGCUGAACUGGUUUGACACAAAGGCCCUUCUGGCCUUGGUGAUACCUGCCUUGACCAUAGUUUUCAUCAACAUUUUAAUUGUAAUUGUGGUCAUGUUCAAAAUGCUGAGAAGAGGAGUGAGAGAUGUUGCCCAAACAGAUGAAAAACAUACACUGGUUGUCAUUGUAAGAUGUGUGAUCAUUCUCACUCCUUUAUUUGGACUUACCUGGUCUUUGGGAGUGGCAACCAUGGUAUCAUCAACAAAUAAAGGAGUCCAUAUUGCCUUUGCAUUCUUCAAUUCACUACAGGGUUUCUUCAUCUUAGUGUUUGGAACACUAUUCGAUUCAAAGAUCCGUUCUAUCCUCUCAAGGAGAUUACCAACACCAAGCACCGGCUCUAAUCCAACAACUAGUACAAGUGGUGGUGUUUCCUCUUUCACUGGAAUAAAUUUGAUAAGUCGACUUCGUGGAAGAAGAUAUAUGUACCAUGUUUCACAAGCCGCAAACUCGAGCAGCAGUGGUGCAUCGGAGUCAUUUGUCCAUAUCUGAAUCAGUGCAACAAUCUGUACACUUACAUUUAUUUCAUUAAUUCAUAAGAUUUGUCAGGUAUUAUAAGAAUUUUCAGAAAAUAAUCAGAAACUGAUUAUGUAUGAGUUUAAGUUCACUGGGAUAAUAAUGUAAAUAGUGUUGAAAAACAACUUGAUAUGUUGUGAAAUCAGGAAAUUGUGUGGUAUUAAACAAAAAACAUUAAAAGAUGAA